AUGGACGGCACAGGGCAGUGCCUGCAACCCCAAGUCAGAUCGCUCACUCGCGCUGGUUUUGACAUCCGCGCCCUCUACAUCCCCACCACCGACCGCUCCACGUGGCGGCAGCUGGUUCGCCGAGUCACGCCGCUCAUACAGCAGGCAGCCAAUGAGGAGGACGCCAACGGGCGGGGGGGCAGUGGGGGCGGAGCGAGCAGGGAGGUGACGGUGCUGGCGGAGUCGUUUGGGGCGUGCCUGGCUCUGCGCAUCGCUGCUGCCAAUCCCGGCCUCCUGCACCGACUCGUGCUCGUGAGAUUCCUGUCUGCUCUUUCCAGUUCCCAAUAA